GGAGUUGGAGGUGAAGACUUUUCAUGGAUGGAGUCAGCUUGCACCGACGGGGCAGAAGUUUAGAGGAGGACACUGGAGUAUAAAAGUAGUUUACGGAGUUUUAACAGUCUUUAAAAUCGCGUUUAUGGGCCACGCGAUGUUCUUCUAACACUUACAUGGUGUGUGAACAAAGAGAAAGAGUUUGUCGUUUCGCGAAAAGACCUCAAAAAAUGGAAUGUGUGUUGGUGUAGCUGAUCCCCUGCAUUCAGCGUCAGCGUGAGAGGAGCAGCAGUCAUGGACGUGGAAGACUUCCCUCCCCCGCCGCCAGAAAUGUUGGCAGACGGUGCUACGUUUGAUGACGAAGACGAGGGCGAAGUCUUUGACUUUGAUGACAGCGGUGAUGAAGCAGCGAAGGUCGGCCACCGGCCUCCGACACCUCCAGCUCCUCCAGCACUAAACGAUGAGAAUGACUACCAGGAGAGUUUGGGGACCGGUGUCCCUGAGGACCAACUUCCUGUUCCUCCAGUUCCUUCCAGUACAGUUCCAUCAUCAUCAGCAGCAGCUGAGAGAAGCUCAACCUCCACAACCAGUGGAGCAACAUCUCCUGAAAGAACUGCUGAAGCAGAGGCUGACUUACCACCUCCUCCUCCUCCUUCUCCUCCUCCUCCUCCACCAUCUAAUGAAGACGAAGAGACGCCUCCAGGAAUACCAGACAAAGAAGAUGAGGAUCCUUCUAGAUCCAUUCCUAGAGCGCCCCCUCAGGGCAAAGUCAACCCUUACUCCGUUAUCGACAUCACACCUCUGCAGCUGCAGCAGCCGGACCCUCACCACGGACCCCCCUCUCCUGCCUCUUCGCCAGUGGAGCCCAAAGGUCGUGAGGUCGUGGUGCAGGACAACGACCCUCACCCCGUUGGUGGCACCAGCUCGGGCUACUCUGUCCCAGUGCCAUGUGGGUACCAAACCCCCUCUGGAGUACCCCUCAUCACGCCAGCGUACACCACACCGGUCAUCAUCAGACACCUUUCCAUGGACGAGGAAGUCACUGUGGUGAGGACUGCAGACACAUCUGUUGACAGUGUUUUCAGUGAAGAGUUUCCACCAAUCAGAGAAGAGGAUGUUUUGGCCAAAUGGGCAUCAGAUCCUGCCAACACUGCCUGGAUGGAAAGUCCAGAUGAGGUGAUUUAUGAUGACGUGCCCAGAGAGAACUCUGACUCCAACACAGACCCAGAUGAGAUGAUCUACGAUGACGUGGAGCUGGGGGAGGAGGGAGGCGGCGGCAGCUCCCUCGACAACGGUUGGAGCUCCAGCGAGUUUGAAAGCUACGACGAGGCCAGCGACGGGGAGGGUGCCGCCGAGAACGGCCUGCCCCACGCCUUCAUGAGAGGGAAGCCGCCCCAGAGGAAGACACAUCUCUCUCAAGAUCUGACUCGCUUGAAAGAACACUAUGAGAAAAAGAUGAAAGAUCUAAUGGCAAAUACGGUGGGGACUGUUGAGCUGCAGCAGCUAAAACAGAAACACGAGCAGAAGAUGCAAAAGCUGGUGAAAGCAGCGAAGGAGGGCACCAAGGACGGACUGGAGAAAACCAAAGCUGCGGUGAAAAAGGGACGGUCUUUUAUCAAAACAAAGUCAUUCUGCAACGAGAGGAAGUCGACGUGUUUUGAAGACGAGGAGACUGAAGUCUUCAUUGAAGUGGACUGCUUUAAUAUUGAACCAGUGCUGUGUCCAGUACCAGCUGAUCUCUCACAACAACAGUUGGUGAGAAGAUGUAUCCUGGGCUCCAUCCUGGAGAGUGAGAAGAACUACCUGGAGGCUCUGAAGAGGAUAUUAGAGCAAUACGAGAAGCCCCUCUCCCAGAUUGAGCCACGGCUGCUCAGCGACAGGAAGCUGAAGAUCGCGUUCUAUCGCGUGCGGGAGAUUCUGCAGGGCCACUUCCUGUUCCAGAUUGCGUUGGCGAGCCGCGUGGCUGAGUGGGACAGCCUGGAGAUGAUCGGGGAUGUCUUUGUGGCAUCGUUUUCCAAGUCUAUGGUGCUGGACGCCUACAGUGAAUAUGUCAACAACUUCAGCAACGCAAUGGCAGUGGUUAGGAAGACGUGCGCGUCCAAACCUGGAUUCCUGGAGUUCCUCAAGCACCGUCAGGAGACCAGCAGUGACAGGAUGACCUUGUACGGCCUCAUGAUGAAGCCCAUUCAAAGGUUCCCACAGUUCAUUCUGCUGCUACAGGACAUGUUGAAGAACACACCGGUGGGCCACGCAGACCGCCUGCCGCUCCAGAUGGCCCUGACCGAACUGGAGACACUGGCAGAGAAGCUGAAUGAGAAGAAGAGGGAAGCUGACCAGCGGUGCGAGAUCCGCCACAUCGCGAAGGCCAUGAACGAACGCUACCUCAACAAGCUUCUAAGCAACGGCAGCCGCUACCUGAUCCGUUCAGACGACAUGGUGGAGACCGUCUACAACGAGCGUGGCGAAAUGAUCAAAACCAAGGAGCGCCGCCUCUUUCUGCUCAACGACGUGCUGAUGUGCGCCACGCCCAACAUCCGGUGCCAGGAUGGCAGUGGGAGUGGGAAUGUGCCGGUGGACCAGAAGUUUCUCCUGAAGUGGAGUGUUCCCCUGAGCUUCGUGGAAGUUGUGGAGUUUGGUUCCAGUGAGGAUAUGGCCGACCACAGCCGACCAGCCCCGCACUCGGGGGAGAAAGUGGUCAUCAAUGCUAAACCAAGUAAACUGUACAUGGGACCAGGUCAGUUGUACCAGGAUUUGCAGAACCUAAUCCAUGACCUCAGCCUGGUCAACCAAAUUUCCAACAUGAUCAGCAGCCUCAAGGGAAACUACCAGAAUGUGUACCCCACAGUGGCUCAGGACUGGGUGUCAGGGCUGCAGAGACUCAUACUGAAGAAGGAGGAGGAGAUCAGGGCGGCCGAUCGGUGCAGGAUCCAGCUGCAGCUGCCGGGCAAACACGACAAGUCGGGUAAACCCACCUACUUCAGUGCCGUGUUCAACACUCUGAGCCCAGCGAUCAAACAGUCGUGGAUCAGUAACCUGCAGAUGGCAAAGCUGGCUCUAGAAGACGACAACCUGCAGGGCUGGCUGUUUGCAGAGGAUGAUGGGAAUCAGAUCAAAAAGCAGAAACAUCCUCUGCUGCUGCGACAGAUGCCUGUGGUCAUGUCCAAACUUCAGGAAUUCAAGGUGGAGUGUGCAGUCCACAACCCAGAGCCCCACAUCAACACUCAGAGCACAGCCGACACGCCCGUCGUGGGCCACGGAUGUGUCUGGGUUGCAAGUUGCACUAACCAGAUGGGACAGAUCGCCAUUGUGGCCAUGCAGAACGCCAACCCCAAAGUGACCGAGUGUUUCAAUGUGGAGUCCCGUAUCCUGUGCAUGGCCUUUGUGCCGUCGGAGCAGGCCCCGGAAAAUAGAGACAAAGUUCCUGAGAGUAACCAUGUCCCUGCUGCGGCCAAGGCCAGUGACAGCCCCAGUGUUUGUCUGGGCAUGGAGGAGGGCAGCAUCAUCGUUUAUAAAAGCAGCCAGAGGUCGAAGAAAGUGCGUCUGCAGCAGUUCUUCACUCCAGACAAGUCCACCGUCACCAGUCUGGUCUACAAGAGACCCUGUCUGUACGCCGGCCUGGUCGGAGGCUCCGUGGUGGUCUACUCCCGCUCACAAGAUGGUUUGUGGGACAGUGACAAACCCAAGGUGUUGAAGCUGGGAGUUCUCCCAGUCAAAGCCAUGGUUGCCGUGGAGGAGCACCUGUGGGCUUCAUCGGGGGGGCAGGUCUUCAUCAUCAGCUCUCCGACACACACUGUUGAGAGGCAGCUGGAGGCCCACCAGGAGGAGGGCAUGGUGGUGUCCCACAUGGUGGUGGCCGGUGUGGGCAUUUGGAUCGCCUUCAGCUCUGGCUCCACUCUCCGUCUUUUUCACACCGAGACCCUGGAACACCUGCAGGACAUCAACAUCGCUACGCCCGUUCACAACAUACUUCCAGGAAACCAGAGGGUGUCGGUGAGCAGCCUGCUGGUCUGUCACGGUCUGCUCAUGGUCGGGACCAACCUGGGGGUCACUGUGGCUCUUUCUGUCCCCAGACUGCAGGGUAUCCCCAAGGUCACAGGUCGUGGUAUGGUUUCCUUACACGCUCACAGCGGACCAGUCAAGUUCCUCACCGUUGCCGCUGCGGUCUGCAACCGUCUCGCCGGCUCCUCGUCAUCCGCCCCUCCCUCCUCGCUCCAGCCUGCCGAGACCGAUGACGGGGAGAACGCCCAGCCGCCCACCGAUGCGGCCAAAACGUCGGGGGUGUGGUUGGGAGAGGCGGGCUGCACGACCAUGGCUCUCCAGGACUCCCGGUCCUCGUCGUCCUGUGGUUCCCUGGCGCCGUCUCAGAGCUCCCUGGAGCACGGCCCGGAGGACGGCGCCCUCUACGACGUGCUCCACGACCCGGCCCACCAGCAGAGGGGGCGACGCUGCAGCAAAGUGGACGUCAGCUCGCUGCUGGUGGUGUCGGGCGGUCUGGGCCAUCGCAGGGUCAACAAAAAGACCAAACAGUCUCGUCACGAGGACACCACGUCCACGAUUAUGAUCUGGCAGAUUCCCUUAGUCAGCAUGUGACGCUAAAUAUGGUUUAAAAAACAAAAAACAAAACAAAAACAAACAUCUCUUCAGUUGUGAGUAGAAAGUGAAACUGCGAACAGACGGAACUGUUUCAGGUUGAACAAAAACCGUGAGGCUGCGUAUUUUAUUUAACCAGGACUGAGUGAAUAAUAUCACCAACCACAGAACCACUCCAUCAUGUUGCUUGACACGUACUUGCAGUAAUCCUACAGACAGGACACUGUGUACUGUGGGUACUGCAUUGCGCGUGUACUUACGCUCCAUUACUCCUCAGUAUUCCUGCCGAAGCUCAUGACGGAGCAGCUCUGCAGUAUUUAAAUCUUUUCACCUUAAAUUCGUGCUGUCGUCGGCAAAAGUGUUGACGGGGUUUUUGUAAGAGCGUGACCACUCAGGAUCAGAUAGGUCAGAGAUUUCGAGCCAGAGAAAGUUUUUUUUUUUUUUUUUUUAAUAACCGAGUUUGUUUUUGUCUUAAAGGGCCGGUGCAUGUGUUUAUUUACAAAAGGGAUAAAAAGUAGAGUGACUGACUAUCAGUGACUGAACGGCUGUAGGAUCGGUUCCUGGCUGGCCAGGUUUCUAUUCCUAAAGGGAAAAAAAAAAGAGCUGGUUAUUAUCAGCAGAGAUUUAUGCCGUACUGUACGUUCCCCCUGGAGACUAUUUGUUAUACACAAGAAGAUAUUUAAAAAAAAAAUAGAAAUACGAUCAAAAGCUUUAUACUACAUUUCCACUAUUUGUCUGUAUGUGUACUAGGGUGUAUUAACAAAUACAUAAACAUUGUUUAAUGAGAA